AUGACUGAAUUGCCUAGAGAUUUUAAAUCGAAAAAAAUCACUGUAAAAAUUGAUAAUAUGAAACGCAGAAGCUAUGGUGAUUCUCCUCCUAUGUCACGUAAAAAACGUCAUAGCAGUAUUAACAGGUAUGAUGGUAGUUCAGAUGAGCGAGGAUCCCCUGAACGUGUACGCCGUAGAGCACGCUCACCACCUAGUCCUAGGCCAUCCAGGUAUUCAGAACGUGACGAAUUUGGCCGCUCUAGGGAUUUGGAUCGUUCGCAUCCCACUUAUAAAGUGUUGUGUGUGAGUGCUUUACACCCAAAAGCUAGUGACGAACAAGUCAAAGAAACAUUGUAUAGAGAAUACCGCAAAUUUGGUGAAUUUUCUGUUAGAAUAUCACAUGAACUAGAAGAAAGAGUAGCAUAUGUGUGUUUUAGAAGCUCAGAUGAUGCUAGAGAUGCCAAACACAGUAAGCCUAGAAUAAGUUUGUUUGAUAAAAUAGCUUUAGUCACACCUGUUUAUGAAGGUCGUAGUUCUAGAGAUCAUUAUGAACCAAGACCUAGACGUUCUCGAUCCCGAAGUUUUUCUCCCGAUUUUGAUCGAUACUAUCAUAGAUCUCCUAUUCCUCAAGAACUUCAUAGGCCACAUCCAGCUGAUAGGUUUUAUGAAAGGUUACCAUAUGGUACUCUUCCCCCCAUGCUGCCUCCACGAGACUUCCGAGAAAUAGGUUUGCCACCAUUACAUCCUCAUGAACUUAUGAUACCUCGAGGACCGUUAUUACACCAUGUGGCUCCUAUGCACCCUCAUUUAGGGCCGAUUCAUCCGUUGUAUGGACCACCAAGACAUUUUAUGCCACCAUUUAGACCACACCCUCAUCCUCACUUGUUGCAUGACAAAAAAGAUAAAUUUCCAAACUAUUUGCAACACAUUCCACCAGAAGACGACCCGUUAGCCACACGUACAUUGUUUGCUGGAAAUUUAGAAAUUUCUAUUUCCGAUGAAGAACUUCGCCGUAUAUUUGGUAGAUAUGGAGUUGUUGAAGAUAUUGAUGUUAAAAGACCAUUGCCGGGAACAGGAAAUGCAUAUGCAUUUGUUCGUUAUCAAAAUUUAGAUAUGGCUCAUAGGGCUAAAGUCGAAUUAUCUGGUCAAUAUUUAGGAAAAUUUCAAUGUAAAAUUGGCUAUGGAAAAUCUACACCAACACAACGAAUAUGGGUUGGUGGUUUGGGUCCUUGGACAUCACUUGCUCAGCUAGAAAGAGAAUUUGAUAGAUUUGGUGUUAUUAAAAAAAUUGAGUAUGUCAAAGGUGAUAUUUGCGCCUAUAUACAGUUUGAAAGCAUUGAUGCAGCAACUGCAGCUGUCAAAGAAAUGAGAGGAGUGGCUUUAGGAGGCCCAGAACAUAAACUGAGAACAGAUUUUGCUGAUGGAGGUGUCUGUGGCAGUCCUACAUUAACCUAUUCAUCAAAGUCUAAGUCAUCUCAUGACGAUGCUGCAGCAACUGCAGGAGAUUUACGAGAACUCACCAGACGAGAUGAAUAUCCAUAUGGUUGGCCAGAUGGUGAGUAUCCUUCUUAUAGUUCCAGAGGUUAUCGUAAAGGUCGUACAGAAUAUGGUGAAGAAAGCAGAGAAUUUGGCAAUUAUGAAAAUGGUCGUUCAUUCAAGCAGCGUUCUGUUUCUGAUAUUGGUUCUCCUCGAUCACCACUUCACCAAUCGAUUGACAGUGAUGUAGAAUCCGAAGAAGGAGCAAUACAAUCUGCAGGUCUUUUGGGUUCUGUUCGUACUCUAGUAGAUUUGGCUCGUAAAUGUACUGAUAUAUGGCAAGGCAGUCUUGUAUUAAAAAGCUCUCAGUUCCCAGCUAAAUGCUAUUUAACUUCUGGUGAUCCAAAUGUCAUAGAAUCAAUGAUGAAAGAUGAGGAUGGUAAAUCAACUUUACGCAUAACUCAACGAUUACGUUUAGACGAGCCAAAGUUGGAAGACGUUUCUAAACGUAUAAUAACUGCUGAUAUGCAUGCCAUAUUUUUGGCAAUGCCUUGUUCUACUAAUUCAAUUUCCAACGAUGAUGCAUUGGUACAAAUUAGACCUUUACGUAAUUUAGUAUCCUAUUUAAAACAAAAAGAGGCAGCAGGGGUUAUAUCAUUAAUAAGUAAAGAUCCUGAACCAGCCGGUGUGUUAUAUGCAUUUCCUCCAUGUGAGUAUUCAGCCAAAUUAUUGAAACGAAGUGCAAAGAAUUUAAGCAGUGAAACAUUAAAAGAUGAUCAUUUAGUUGUGGUAGUAGUAAGUGGGGGUGUUUCGUAG